CCCCUGAAACCAAUUUAAAACCCUACUUAACUUCUCAGAUCAGAUUUACAAUUCCUUUUUCUCUUUGUUGAGGUAAUUGAGAUGGAAUAGAACUAAACUAAACUCCAAGUUCCAUUUCAAGUAGAUAACUCACCUCACUCAACAUCACUGUUCUUUUUUAAACUUAUCACUUGAGAAAACUCACUAACCAAAUCUAUAUUACGUUUCUUGGAAUCCAAACAAGAAUCCCUUUUCUUCAUUCUGUUUUCUCAUUUUUAUGAGAAAUGGAUGCCAGAGAUACACUACAACAUGGGCAUUCAAACAUUUUAAUGGGGCCCUCUUCUUUAGCCACCAACACCACCAUGAUCCCGCCUCCCUCCUCCGCGGCCCAUGCCGCUAACAGGUUCCAGUUCAGCUCGCUGGCUCCACCGUCUCCAUCACCGUCGCAAUCACAGGCUCAGCCUCAGUCUAAGCCUCCUGAUUCGCUUUCUGCUGUCAACCCCUUUGAUGGAUCACAGUCUUUGAGGGCAGGUGGUGGUGGGUUUGCCAUUGAUCCUUCGAAGAAGAAGCGCGGCCGGCCGAGAAAGUAUGCGCCAGACGGCAACAUUGCGCUCAGACUGGCGCCUACCCAGUCGCCUGCUUCACAUGGGGGAGAUUCUGGUGGCGGGGGUGACACGUCAGCCUCCGAGCCUCCAGCCAAAAGAAACAGAGGCCGACCUCCGGGUUCCGGGAAAAGGCAGCUGGACGCAUUGGGAGGAGCUGGAGGGGUGGGUUUUACCCCUCAUGUGAUUACAGUGAAAACCGGCGAGGACAUAGCCGCAAAAAUAAUGGGAUUUUCACAGCAAGGGCCUCGGACAGUAUGUAUUCUUUCUGCAAAUGGUGCAAUCAGUAAUGUUACCCUUCGCCAACCAGCAAUGUCUGGUGGAACUGUGACAUAUGAGGGACGAUUUGAAAUUAUUUCACUCUCAGGAUCAUUACUGCUUUCUGAAGACAAUGGUAGUUGCAGUAGAACUGGUGGAUUGAGUGUGUCCCUUGCAGGAUCAGAUGGCAGAGUUUUGGGUGGUGGAGUUGCUGGAAUGCUAGUGGCAGCAUCUCCAGUGCAGAUUAUUGUGGGAAGCUUUAUUGUGGAGGGGAAAAAAUCAAACUCAAAUAAUUUGACAUCCGGGCCAUCUUCAGCGGCAACACCCAGUAUGUUGAACUUUGGUGCACCUGUGACGUCUAGUCCUGCUUCCAACGGAGGUUCAAGUGAAUCUUCAGAUGAAAACGGCAGUAGCCCUGUUAACCGGGCUGGUGGACUUUUCAGUAAUCCUUCUCAAUCGAUUCAUAAUAUGCAUAUGUAUCAUCUAUGGUCUGGCCAAACUUCGCAAUGAAGAUUAUGCUUCAUUUAACAGAAAUGUGGCAUUAAAGCUACUGACAUGGCAAUUCUCCUAUUUUGCUAACAUGCAUAUCAUUGAAAUACAGAUGGUAGAAGAUCUUUUGUUUUUCCCUAUUUAGAUUGGGUAUUAUUUUAUGUAUUUCGCUCUUUAUUCGUAGUUUUUCUGGCAUCUCUGAUGGAAAUGCUGCCUGUUCUUAGAAUGCCAUAACAUCUCACAAUUGGUUUUUUAAAUUUUAUGUUUUCUCGGUUAUUUUAUCUA